CCCCAUCCAUAAUUUUAUUCCAGGAGGAAAUGGCCGUGAUGGGCGACACCUCCACUGCCAUGAGGGACCCAGUUUUCUACCGUUGGCACAAGUUCGUGGACGACACCUUCCAAGAGUACAAGUUGAUGCAAAGACCGUACACUGAGCAGGAUCUAAACCUUGCGGGCGUGAAGAUCGAGCGCGCGGGCGUGGUCAGGAACAACGAGGCGGACGUCCUCCACACGGGCUGGAACACGCGCCUCUUCGAAGCCAGUCGCGGGCUGGACUUCAACGGGCGGCCUGUCAUGGUGCGCCUCACACACCUCGACCACGAGCCCUUCAACUAUCACCUGCAGGUGAGCAACAGCGGACGUGGGGUCAAGGAAGUGACAGUGAGGGUGUUCCUGGCCCCGAAGCUCAACGCCCGAGGCCAAGAGAUGAGCUUCAUGGAACAGCGCAUUCUGUGGGCCGAGAUGGACAAAUUCACCGUCUCCUUGAAGCCAGGCAGCAACCACGUCGUGAGGUCAUCUAAGGACUCCUCCAUCACGAACGCCGAGGAACUGACCUUCAGGGACCUUGAGAACGCCAACAUCGAUCCAGCUUCUCCUGAGGCCACGGGUUUCAACUUCUGCGGCUGCGGGUGGCCUCAGCAUAUGCUCCUCCCCCGUGGACGACCCGAGGGCAUGCCUUUCCAGCUCUUCUUCAUGCUCACCGACUAUGCCCAAGAUAAGGUAUUUCCUGGGAUUGUGUACGAUCAGCUGGUCGAUUCUGAUUGGCGUAUGUGAAUGAAUAUAUGUACU